AAGGCCAAAUCAAUUGGUGGAUUAACAAACUCAUAACAAACCCAUGAUCACGCGUAAAUUUUUACUUAACCAAUUAUAGAAAUUAGAAACAAAACCAUAAAUUGAACAAACACACAUCACAUAAUUAAAAGAUUCACACAAUUUUGCCAAUAAUAAACAUCUAAUUACGAUUGUUCAACCCUCUAAUCAUUCUCUCCUCUUCUCCAAUCCCCAAUAUCAACAAGAGAAGGAGUUUCUCUCAUAUUCUCUUUGGGAUCAAGAAAAAUCAUCAUGGGUUUCCGAUCCCUCUUCAACCGAAAGAAGAAACUUCUAAAAAAAUCGACAUCGUCUUCUCCAACAACCGUAACCGAAAACACCACCUUUAUAUCCCGUACCCCGUCCCUCUCAUCACGUGUCCAUUUUGCCGAGGAUUUGGAACAUGUGUUUCAAAAAUUUGAUGUCAACGGUGAUGGCAAAAUCUCUUCUUCUGAAUUAGGGUCCAUCAUGAAAAGCCUAGGACAGCCAUCAACGGAAGAAGAACUCGAUAAAAUGAUCCGUGAGGUUGAUGCUGACGGCGAUGGUUACAUUAACCUUGAGGAGUUUAUUGAGUUAAAUACCAAAGACAUUGACCCCAAUGAGGUUUUGGAAAAUCUCAAAGAUGCAUUUUCCGUUUUUGACCUUGAUAAAAAUGGUUCGAUAUCAGCUGAGGAAUUACACAAUGUUAUGGUCAGCCUUGGUGAUCAAUGUUCCCUCGCCGAGUGUCAAAAAAUGAUAGGCGGUGUUGAUAGCGAUGGUGAUGGAAUGAUCGAUUUUGAAGAGUUUAAGAAGAUGAUGUUGGGCUCAACCUUUGGGUCCAUGGAAAGAACAAAUAACGGUGAAAUAGAAACCUAAAAUUUUCAUGUGUGGUUUUGAAUUAUGGUUACGGUUUGGUGGUUGUUGCGGUUCGAUUUGGUCACACGCUUAUUGUGGUUGGAAUUUGAUCGCAAAAUUUUUAAGACCUAAUUAAUUAGGGAAGUGCAUGUGAUUUCUCGUUGUUAUAUGUAUGAGUUUUCAUAGUUACGUGUACUUCUAAAUUGUUUAGUUUCUUCUUUUUCUUUCCUUAAUUUUGAAGGGAUUGUUGGUUGAAGAUAAUUGUUAUAAAUUGUUUAUGGGAAAAACAUCAUCAUAUGUAAGUACAUUUUAAGCUUUCUUUGAUGAAUAUCUCAAUUUGU